CGGUGGGGGGUUAAGGGGAGCUGAUGUUCUGUUGGUCUGGAGGGUCCCUGUAUCCAGGAAGAGGAUAUGAGAAGAGCAGCUUUGCAGGUAGAGCUUCCCAACUGAGUACCAUGUAAAGGUCUGACAGAGCCCCUUGAUUCGUGGGACAGGAGAGACGUCCCUCUUUCAGUCCAGAAGGGGCAAAUUCUUUGAACGUUUUUGUCUGCUUCAGUAGGCUCUUAAAAUAUCGUCUUUACCUGAACCACAGGGGCACGUGCCUGAGCCAGUUUGCCCACUGUGGGGAAAGGAAGUCUCAGGAGGCAUUCCACGCGCCAUGGAGAAACCGUGGAAGUGUGGGGAUUGCGGGAAAGGAUUCCGCUCUCCCUCCAAGCUGGAGAUCCACCGCCGUGUCCACACCGGGGAGAGGCCGUUCAGCUGCUCGGUGUGCGGGAAGGGCUUCAGCGACUCGUCCACCCUGCUGACCCACCAGCGGGUCCACACCGGGGAGCAGCCCUUCACCUGCUCGGUGUGCGGGAAGGGCUUCACCCGGCUGUCCAUCCUGCUGACCCACCAGCGGCUCCACACCGGGGAGAGGCCGUUCGCCUGCUCCGAGUGCGGGAAGGGCUUCAGCGACUCGUCCACCCUGCUGCGGCACCAGCAGGUCCACACCGGGGAGAGGCCCUUCACCUGCUCCGUCUGCGGCAAGGGCUUCACCCAGUCGUCCACCCUGUUCUCACACCAGCGGGUCCACACCGGGGAGAGGCCGUUCAGCUGCUCCGUCUGCAGCAAGAGCUUUACCCGCUCGUCCACCCUGCUGACCCACCAGCGGAUCCACACCGGCGAGGGGACCUUCACCUGCUCCGAGUGCGGGAAGGCCUUCACUAAGUUGUUGAAACUGAAGUCCCACCAGCGGGUCCACACCAGGAAGCGGCCCUUCACCUGCUCCGUCUGCGACAAGGGCUUCGCCCGCUCGUCCGACCUGCUAACCCACCAGCGGGUCCACACCGGGGAUAGGCCGUUCAGCUGCUCGGUCUGCGGCAAGAGCUUUACCCGCUCGUCCGACCUGCUAACCCACCAGCGGGUCCACACCGGGGAGAGGCCGUUCAGCUGCUCGGUCUGCGGCAAGAGCUUUUCCCGCUCGUCCAACCUGCUGACCCACGAGCGGCUCCACACCGGGGAGCGGCCCUUCACCUGCUCCGUCUGCGGCAAGGGCUUCACCCGCUCGUCGCACCUGCUGCGGCACCAGCGGGUCCACACCGGGGAGCGGCCCUUCACCUGCUCGGUGUGCGGCAAGAGCUUUACCCGCUCGUCGCACCUGCUGACCCACCAGCGGGUCCACACUGGGGAGCGGCGCUUCACCUGCUCAGUCUGCGGCAAGGGCUUCCCUCACUCGUCCACCCUGCUGCAGCACCGGCAGGUCCACACCGGGGAGCGGCCCUUCACCUGCUCCGUCUGCGGCAAGGGCUUCCCUCACUCGUCCGACCUGCUGCGGCACCAGCAGGUCCACACCGGGGAGAGGCCGUUCAGCUGCUCGGUCUGCGGCAAGAGCUUUACCCGCUCGUCCGACCUGCUGAUUCAUCGGCGAAGUCACACCGGGGAGAGACCAUUCUCCUGCCCCGAGUGCAGGAAAGGCUUUACCUGCUCCUCCCACCUGCUGGACCACCGCCGAGUCCACACUGGGGAGAAGCCAUUCUCCUCCCCUGAGUGUGGGAAGGGCUUCACCUACUCCUCCCACCUGCUGGCCCACCAGCGCGUCCACGCUGGGGAAAGGCCCUUCCCCUGCUCUGAGUGCGGGAAGACCUUCAGUGAUUCCUCUACCCUGCUGAGGCACCAGCGAGUCCACACUGGGGAGAGGCCAUACUCCUGCCUCCAGUGCGGAAAGUGCUUUACCCAGCCCUCCAACCUGCUGACCCACCAGCGGAUCCACACCCGCGAGAGACCGUUCUCCUGCCCCGAGUGCGGGAAGGGUUUUGCUGUUUCCUCUAACCUCGUGGCCCACCGGCGGGUCCACACGGGGGAGAGGCCAUUCAGCUGCCCCGAGUGCAGGAAGGCCUUCAGCAAUUCCUCUGCCCUGCUUAGGCACCAGCGUGUCCACACCAGAGAGAAGCCGUUCGCCUGCCCAGAGUGCGGGAAGGGCUUUACCCGCUCCUCCACACUGCUGACCCACCAGCGGGUCCACACAGGGGAGAGGCCAUUCAGCUGCCCCGAGUGCAGGAAGGCCUUCAGCGAUUCCUCUGCUCUGCUGAAGCACCAGCGAGUCCACACCGGGGAGAGGCCCUUCAGCUGCCCUGAGUGCGGGAAGAGGUUUACGUUUUCCCGCAACUUGCGGAAGCACCAGUGGGGGCACCAGCGCUCACAACAAGCGGAUUCCUCCGCUGACGCUGCUGUGAGUCCCCCCCAGGACUGAUUCUCCUGACAGUGGGUGCAGUGGGAGAGUUGGUGCACUGUAUUUGUUUUCGGUUGGACUGCAACCCCACGGUGACUCAGGGGUGGCAUGGUGACUGUGAUUAGCACUGCUGCCUCAUGGCACCAGGAACCAAGGAUCAAUUCCACCCUUGGGGCAACUGUCUGUGUGGAGUUUGUGGAGGGUAGGAGAAUGGAUGAGAUAAGAAACCGCUGCCUUUCUUGAGACAAGUCUCCCGGAGAGAACUUGCUGACUGAUUGAUUGUCUGAUCUACUGAUCCUCACAGUGCCUCAUUGCCCUCAGUUAACUGGAGGAGGUCCACACAGAUGUACCGAAGCCCCUCUUUGGAAGGAAACCUGUGCAGACAGGGAAAACAUGCAAACUCCACACAGACAGUUACCUGAGUCUGGAAUUGAACUUGGGUCCCUUAUGCUGUGAGGUAGCAAUGCUUAGCAGUGUGCUAUCCCAAUAUGUUAUAAAAUUUGAAUAAACCUACUAAGUUGUAAAUGUGUCCAUAACAAGAACUUAGUGUAAAUGUUUGGAAGCAAAAGUCCAUCGGAAUUGUCUUUGGGACGGAUCCAAAACUUACUUCAUUCAUGAUUGAAAAUACUUUGAUCUCUGGAACUGUCUGCCAGAGAGUGUAUUGGAGUCAGAUUCAAUUACGUUAUUCAAAAUAGAGGUGGAUAAUUAAACUGAAAAGGAAAGCAAUUGCAGUGUUCAGUGAAGAAUAGUACAAGGUACUGUAGUGGGCGUCAGAGUAUGAGUUUCCUGAUUGAGGCUGUUCACUUGCUCCUGUUACCAUUUCAGGUUGCUGACUUUUCGUUAGCAUUCUGCACAUGUUGGGAUUUUUUUCUCCUUUCUAGUAUCUACUUGAGUGAC